GGGAGUCUGAGGGUAACCUAGCAUCAGCCCUUAGUGAAGCGGCAGAUACGGAAGCCUGGGGCGUCCCCAAUUUAGAGUCCUCUAACCUUAGAGGCUUCCAGGUGACGUAUGUGCAGAUUUCGCCUUUCUGGUCAUUAUGCCAAUGGCCUUGAGCCAAAGUCCUUCAAAAGCCCUCCGGAUGGGUCAGGUCCUGGCUCCACAGAUUGCCUUUGGCAAGCCCGGGUGUGAACGGCCCCUGCCUAAGCCGUCCUGUCCUCAGGAGAGAACCUCUGCCCAGGGUUUCCUUCCCUGGAAGACCCUGGUGUUUUCCAAGGAGGGAGUCCAGACUUGCUCGAGGCUUCUGACUUCUGCUUGGCUCCAGGUGACUCCUGCUCAGGUCAUGUUGAUAUCUACUGAUCCAGCCGGCCCUGCCAGGUGACCAUGUCUGUCCUCGGCACAGUUCUUCUCCAGGUGUUCUGGGCUGGGUGUGUCGUCACCCUGCAGUCCCCUCUGCCAGCUGCGUUCACUGCCAAUGGCACGCAUCUACAACACUUGGCAAGGGACCCCACCACAGGCACUCUCUAUGUAGGGGCCACCAACGUCCUGUACCAGCUGAGCCCUGGGCUGCAGCUGGAAGCCGUGGUGUCCACAGGCCCUGUGAAUGAUAGCCGGGAUUGCCUGCCACCUGUCAUACCUGAUGAGUGUCCCCAAGCCCAGCCUACUAACAACCCUAACCAGCUGCUCCUGGUGAGCCCAGAGGCUCUGGUGGUGUGUGGGAGCGUUCACCAGGGCAUCUGUGAGCUACGGAGGCUGGGACAUAUCAGGCAGCUGCUGCUACGGCCAGAGCGACCUGGGGACACCCAGUAUGUGGCUGCAAAUGACCCUGCAGUCAGCACAGUGGGACUGGUGGCCCAGGGAUUGGCAGGGGAGCCCCUCCUGUUUGUGGGCCGGGGGUACACCAGCAGGGGCGUAGGGGGUGGGAUUCCUCCCAUUACAACCCGAGCCUUGCGACCACCAGACCCCCAAGCUGCCUUCUCUUAUGAAGAAACAGCCAAGCUGGCAGUGGGCCGCCUCUCCGAGUACAGCCACCACUUCGUGAGUGCCUUUGUACGUGGGGCCAGUGCCUACUUCCUGUUCUUGAGGCGAGACCUGAAGGCCCCUUCUAGAGCUUUCCGUGCCUAUGUGUCCCGAGUGUGCCUUCAGGACCAACAUUACUACUCUUACGUGGAACUGCCCCUGGCCUGCCAGGGCGGUCGCUACGGUCUUAUCCAGGCUGCAGCUGUAGCCACAUCCCAGGAGGUGGCCCGUGGGGAAGUACUCUUCGCAGCUUUCUCCUCGGUGGCUCCUCCCACUGUGGAUUGGCCGCUGUCAGCGUCUUCUGGGGCAUCUGGAACCUCUGUACUCUGUGCCUUCCCCCUGGAUGAGAUAGACCAGCUUGCUAAUCAUACUCGAGAUGCCUGUUACACCCGGGAAGGCCGUGCUGAGAACGGGACCAAGGUCGCUGACAUUGCAUAUGAUGUCCUUUCAGACUGUGCACAACUACCAGUGGACACCCCGGAUGCUUUUCCGUGUGGCUCGGACCACACACCCAGUCCCAUGGUCAGCUGUGUCCCUUUGGAAGCCACACCAAUUCUGGAGCUGCCAGGGGUUCAGCUAACAGCUGUGGCUGUCACCGUGGAGGACGGACAUACUAUUGCCUUCCUGGGUGACAGUCAAGGACAGUUGCAUAGGGUCUACUUAGGCCCUGGGAGGAGUGUUGCCCCGUACUCCAGACAGAGCAUCCAGCCGGGGUCUCCUGUGAACAGAGAUCUUACCUUUGAUGGUACCUUUGAGCAUCUCUACGUAGCAACUCAGACUACUCUUGUGAAGGUUCCAGUGGCCCCUUGUGCUCAGCACCUGGACUGUGACUCUUGCCUUGCUCACAGGGACCCGUAUUGCGGAUGGUGUGUGCUCCUGGGCAGGUGUAGUCGCCGGUCGGAGUGCACAAGGGCCCAGGGCUCAGAGCAGUGGCUGUGGAGCUUCCAGUCAGAACGGAGCUGUCUUCGAGUGGUGGCCGUGAGCCCUGCCAACAUCAGUCGGGAAGAGAAGAGGGAGGUUUUCCUGUCGGUGCCAGGUCUGCCAUCUCUCUGGCCCGGGGAGUCAUAUUUCUGCUACUUUGGAGACCGACAGAGCCCUGCUCUGCUGACCAGUUCUGGUGUGAUGUGUCCCUCCCCAGACCCUAGUGAGGCCCCAGUGCUGCAGAGAGGAGCCGACCAUAUCUCUGUGAAUGUGGAGCUCAGGUUUGGGGCUGUGGUGAUCGCCAGCACCUCCCUCUCCUUCUAUGACUGCAUGGCGGUUACUGAGUUUUCCCCGUCUGCACCGUGCCGGGCCUGUGUGAGCAGCCGCUGGGGCUGUAACUGGUGUGUGUGGCAGCAGCUGUGCACGCACAAGGCCUCAUGUGACGCUGGGCCUAUGGUGGCAAGCCAACAGAGCCCACUCCUCCCCCUAAUCCCUCCUUCAAGGGAUGCACUCACCCCUUUCCCACCCACAGUCCCCAAAGCCACAGUCACUCCUACUCCCAACAGCUUCCCAGUAGAGCCUAGGGCUCCCUCCACAGCCUCAGAUGUCCUACCCGGAGCCAAGCCAUCCCGGCUCAGCCUCUGGGGCCCGUGGGCAGGUCCUGGCCCCAUACUUUCCCCUACUUCCACAGAAUUACCUUUCCAUGAGAAGCCCCUCCCUCCCAACCUCCCUACCAUACCUGGAACCACUGUCCCCGCCCCCACUGGCUUGGAACCAUUGACCACACCUGAGGACCUCUUGGCCUCCUACCCAUUCCCCUCAGAUGCAGCCGCAGUGUCCCCUGCAGAGCCUGGCCCUGAGGCUCUGCCUUCCACCGUGGCUCUGGACCAGCCCCCUGGCACUGCUCCAGACACCACUUUCCCAGGGGCCACUGGCUCCAUGAAGCCCGUUCUGGAUUGGCUCACCAAAGGAGGCGGCGAGCUGCCCGAGGCGGAUGAGUGGAUGGGGGGUGACACGCCCGCCUUCUCCACUUCCACACUCCUCUCAGGUGAUGGAGACUCAGCAGAGCACGAGGGCCCUCCUGCCCCCCUCAUCCUCCUGUCCAGCCUCGACUACCAGUACGACACCCCCGGGCUCUGGGAGCUGGGAGAGGCGAAUCAGAGGGUGAGCUCCUGCCCCUGUGUGGAGACUGUCCAGGGCUCCUUGCUGAUACCUGUCCAUGUGGAACGCCAAGUCCAGCUUCGAGGCCGGAACCUGUGGCUCUUCCAGGAUGGCCCAAGGAGCAGUGAGUGCGUGCUAGAGCUGGAGGGUCUCGAGGUGGCCGUGGAGGCCCAGGUGGAGUGUGAACCACCUCCAGACACCUGGUGCCACGUAAAGUGCCAACAGCACCAGUUCAGCUAUGAAGCUCUGAAGCCAGAACUGCAGGUGGGGCUGUUCCUGCGAUGGGCGGGUGGUCUGCGCGUGGACAGUGCCGAUGGGCUGCAUGUGGUGUUAUAUGACUGCUCUGUGGGACAUGGGGACUGCAGCCGCUGCCAAACUGCCAUGCCUCAGUACGACUGUGUGUGGUGCGAGGGGGAGCGUCCGCGUUGUGUAGCCCGGGAAGCCUGUAACGAAGCGGAGACUGUGGCCACUCAGUGUCCCGCACCUCUCAUUCACUCGGUGGAGCCACUGACUGGACCUGUAGACGGAGGCACCCGAGUCACUAUCAGGGGCUCCAAUCUGGGCCAACACGUGCAGGAUGUCCUGGACAUGGUCAGAGUGGCUGGAGUGCCCUGUGCUGUGGAUGUUGGGGAGUACGAUGUCUCUAACAGUCUCGUGUGCAUCACUGGAUCCAGCGGGGAGGAGGUGACUGGCGCUGUGGCUGUGGAGGUGCCUGGAAGAGGACACGGUGUCUCAGAGUUCAGCUUUGCCUAUCAGGAUCCGAAAGUAAACUCCAUCUUCCCAGCCCGCGGCCCCAGAGCUGGAGGCACCCGCCUCACCCUGCAUGGCUCUAAGCUGCUGACUGGACGGCUAGAGGACAUUCGUGUGGUAGUUGGAGACCAGCCUUGCCACUUGCUCCUGGAGCAGCAGUCUGAGCAGCUACACUGUGAGACCGGCCCAUAUCCUGUGCCUGCCGAGCUUCCAGUGACUGUCUUGUUUGGGGCCACUGAGCGGAGGCUUCAGCACGGCCAAUUCAAGUAUACAUCAGACCCCAACAUCACCUCAGUGGGCCCCUCCAAGAGCUUCUUCAGUGGAGGACGCGAGAUAUGGGUCCGUGGCCAGAAUCUGGAUGUGGUACAGAUGCCAAGAAUCCGAGUGACUGUGGUCCCAAGAGUGCUACAGCAUGGCCAGGGGCUUGGACAGAAGCACCACGUGGUCCCUGAGAAAUUUGAGGAGCCCUGCCUUGUGAACUCCUCUCACCUCCUCCUGUGCCGCACACCUGCCCUCCCCGGCCCACCCCAGGACCCUGGGGUCCAGGUGGAGUUUGUCCUUGACAACAUGGUCUUUGACUUUGCUACACUGAGCCCCACACCCUUCUCCUACGAGGCUGAUCCCACCCUGCGUUCCCUCAACCCCGAGGAUCCCACCACACCGUUCCGGCACAAGCCAGGGAGUGUGUUCUCUGUGGAGGGGGAGAAUCUGGACCUCGCCAUGUCCAAGGAAGAGGUGGUGGCCAUGAUAGGAGACGGGCCCUGCGUGGUAAAGACGCUGACCCGGCACCACCUGUACUGUGAGCCCCCUGUGGAACAGCCCCUGCCACACCACCACGCCCUCCGAGAGGCACCAGAUGCUUUGCCUGAAUUCACGGUACAGAUGGGGAACCUGCGCUUUUCCCUGGGUCACGUGCAGUAUGAUGGCGAGAGCCCCGUGGCUUUUCCUGUGGCAGCCCAAGUGGGCUUGGGAGUGGGCACGUCUCUCCUGGCUCUGGGUGUCAUCAUCAUUGUCCUCAUAUACAGGCGGAAGAGCAAGCAGGCCCUGAGGGACUAUAAGAAAGUGCAGAUCCAGCUGGAGAACCUGGAGAGCAGUGUCCGGGACCGCUGCAAGAAGGAGUUUACAGACCUCAUGACGGAGAUGACCGAUCUCACCAGUGACCUCCUUGGCAGUGGUAUUCCCUUCCUGGACUACAAAGUGUAUGCUGAGAGGGUCUUCUUCCCUGGGCACCGGGAGUCACCCUUGCACAGGGACCUCGGUGUGCCUGACAGCAGGCGACCCACUGUGGAACAGGGCCUGGGGCAGCUCUCCAACCUGCUAAACAGCAAGCUCUUCCUUACCAAGUUCAUCCACACACUGGAGAGUCAGCGUACCUUCUCUGCUCGGGACCGGGCCUACGUGGCGUCUCUGCUCACUGUUGCACUUCACGGGAAGCUUGAGUACUUCACGGACAUCCUCCGUACUCUACUCAGUGACCUGGUCGCCCAGUAUGUAGCCAAGAACCCCAAGCUGAUGCUGCGCAGGACAGAGACCGUGGUGGAGAAGCUGCUCACCAACUGGAUGUCCAUCUGCCUCUACACCUUCGUGAGGGACUCUGUAGGAGAGCCUCUGUACAUGCUCUUCAGAGGGAUUAAGCAUCAAGUGGACAAGGGUCCCGUGGACAGUGUGACUGGCAAAGCCAAAUAUACCCUGAAUGACAACCGCCUGCUCAGAGAGGAUGUGGAGUACCGUCCCCUGACCUUGAAUGCUCUUCUGGCUGUGGGGCCUGGGGCAGGAGAAGCCCAGGGUGUACCCGUGAAAGUCCUGGACUGCGACACCAUCUCCCAGGCCAAGGAGAAGAUGCUAGACCAGCUUUAUAAGGGAGUGCCUCUUGCCCAGCGGCCCGACUCUCGCACCUUGGAUGUUGAGUGGCGGUCUGGAGUGGCUGGGCACCUUAUCCUUUCUGAUGAGGAUGUCACUUCUGAACUCCAGGGUUUGUGGAGGCGUUUGAAUACGUUGCAGCAUUACAAGGUCCCAGAUGGAGCAACGGUGGCCCUUGUCCCCUGCCUCACCAAGCACAUUCUUAGGGAAAACCAGGAUUAUGUCCCUGGAGAACGGACCCCAAUGCUGGAGGAUGUAGAUGAGGGGGGCGUCCGGCCCUGGCACCUGGUAAAGCCUAGUGAUGAACCAGAGCCUCCCAGGCCGAGGAGGGGCAGCCUUCGGGGUGGGGAGCGUGAGCGAGCCAAGGCUAUCCCUGAAAUCUACCUGACACGCCUGCUGUCCAUGAAGGGCACACUGCAGAAGUUUGUGGAUGACCUGUUCCAGGUGAUUCUCAGCACCAGCCGCCCCGUGCCUCUGGCCGUGAAGUACUUCUUUGACCUGUUGGACGAGCAAGCUCAGCAGCAUGGCAUCUCUGAUCAGGACACUAUCCACAUCUGGAAGACCAACAGCCUGCCGCUGAGGUUCUGGGUCAACAUCCUCAAGAACCCGCAGUUUGUGUUCGAUGUGCAGACUUCAGAUAACAUGGACGCGGUGCUCCUGGUCAUUGCCCAGACCUUCAUGGACGCCUGCACCCUGGCCGACCACAAGCUGGGCCGGGAUUCUCCUAUCAACAAGCUUCUGUAUGCUCGAGAUAUUCCCCGUUACAAACAGAUGGUAGAAAGGUAUUAUGCAGACAUCAGGCAGACUGUCCCGGCCAGUGACCAAGAGAUGAACUCAGUCUUGGCGGAGCUGUCCCGGAACUGCUCUGCCGACCUUGGGGCGCGGGUAGCUCUGCACGAACUCUACAAGUAUAUCAACAAGUACUAUGACCAGAUCAUUACUGCCCUGGAGGAGGAUGGCACUGCCCAGAAGAUGCAGCUGGGCUACCGGCUCCAGCAGAUUGCUGCGGCUGUGGAGAACAAGGUCACAGACCUAUAGGGACCAGGGAGUCUGCGUCUGCUGUUGUCUCAGCGCCUCCUGGGCAGCCCUGGAGUCUCAAGGGAGAGGCCACCUUCGUAGAUGCCUGUAGUGACUGACAAGCAGAGUUUAAUGAAAGGUGGCUUCCAGUCUCCUGGUGGCGCCAGCUCACAGCCUCAGCCCCAUUGGACCUGCCUUGUAGGCCUGGGACCUAGUGGUUCAGUGGGUAGUGCCAGGCCUGCCCCAAGCCUCGUGGACUCUCUGACCUACUUCCUGGAUGACGUCAGCCUGCAGGGAGCUGGGGACUUAAGGUUUCCAGAGAAUGUCUGGUAGGCCCUCCAGGCCCCUGGGGAGACUGUACUGUUCUUGAGCACUGACCUGUGUCCCAUUGGGAAUCACAGAGGAAGGAAGAGGACACGCCCACUUCCUGUACUCUUCGUCCAUCCUCCUUCUCAAGUUUAGCUUCCUCUGUCCUUGUUCCCUGUUGUCAAUUCCAAGGCCUGAGAGAGGGGAAAAAUGCCUUUCUAGGCUGCUGCUGCCUCUGCAGGGUUGGUGCCUCAGGACCACUCUGUCUUCCAGGUGGCUGGUGGGGAGGGACAGCUGCCUCAGGGGAUCCUUGGGCGAGCAAUGUCCCCACUGAUGAUACAGCUCCUCACUAAAGGAUAACACACGGGACGGACUCACCAGCCCCUCCGCUAAGGUAGAGCUGGGAGCUGCUGGGAGACGUGGUCUCAUGCUCUGAAGGGUCCCCCGACCCCCGUGAAAGGCCCCAGUGAGGGCAGCAGCCUCUCUCUGGCUCCUAGGUAGGGUCUGCCACAGGCAACACUUCCCAGAAAGGAGAACUUGAAGCACAGUAUGGCUCAGGGAGAGGCGGGGCCUGAUGUGGGGCUCUGUCCUCCAUCUUUAAGGGGUCCACCUUGCUUACAGGUCAUGGUAACCUCUCCAUGUUUCAUGAAUUUUUAAAGGAAUUGGGGAAGCAUGGCGUUAUUAAAGGCAAUUCCAGGCAGUAUGGGUCUCAGGUCCGUGACCCUGCUUCUGGAUUCCAGUUUCCACAUUGCUGCCCAUGCCAAGGGACCUAAGUCGGGGCUCAGAGCCACCCACCUGCCUGUGUGGUGGCCACUUUGUGGUAUUUCCCUGAAGGAGCUGCAGGUGAGCUUCUGAGACCGUGGUACUGUGGUGCACUUGGCAGCUGGGCCAAAGCAGCCAGAGGUUAGAAUGCUGUGAGCUUCACCAGGCCAGGGUCAUAGUAUCCUCGAAAACUCUGCCUUGGCUUGCGUGUAGCCAGUGAUCCGGCUGCCCUCAAGGGCUUCCCUAAGGGUUUGGAGAGAUGGGCUGAUACAAUUCCAAGAGUCCCUUUUUGCUGUCCUUUAGAAUCUUUGUCUUUAAGAUAGCAGGAGCCAAAUUGGUUUUCAUGCUGGGGGUAAUCACAGUGGCUAUUUCUGUCAGAUCCCAUCUUCCCUGUGCCUGCCAGAUGGGGGAACCACAGUCAGUCCGUCAGCAGUCAGACCCUCAUUUGGGAGCUUGUGAACUUUAGUACUAAUGAUAGUUGUGUUAGUUCAGAUUUUACCCUUACUCAGAAUGGUUCUGCCUCACCCAGUGGCUGCUCUGGCCAACUAUGUUGUUGACAGUCUCAGAGAACAGGGCUGACGGGAAUGAAGUCUUGGCUAGACUUCAGACAGGUACAGGGAGGGAGGCACCUUAAGUCAACACGGCAGGGUUGGUGACAGAGACACACCUCUGCUCCAGGCUGGGGCUUCUGCAGUCUUUAGGAGUCCUCUGAGGAGGAAAGGGUUCCUAGAGAGGAAGGCCGUGUACCUGCGUGCUUGGGCGUGUGCUUGUGGGAUGGGCAAGCAUGGAACUGCUCUUAAUCAUGUCUUGCCCUCACAGAAGAUUGUGAUAGAAGAUGUCGCGAAAAUAAAAAUGUUACCACCUAAGAUAGGAAGCCAAGUGUUCACUCGGUUGCCAUGGCGAAGGAGCAAGGCCAGUGCCAACAGGACUUGGCCGUGGUCCACCUGGGGCCCGGCCAGUUUGAAUAUAGCCUGUUUAUAGCACAGUUUGAUCAGUCUUUCCCGCUUUUCGUUCCCAGGUUGCAAAGGUAUGCUCUCACUGUUUCCCACAAAACAUGUUAGUGUGUGAAGGCUAAGUUUCUCAUCUCCACACCACUUUAAAUGUUGGGGUGAUUGUCCAGGUGACUAGAUACAUAUUUUAAAAUUAUGAGACAGGGAUUCACUAUUUCUUCCUGGCUGGCCUGAAACUUGCUGUUUAGACCAGCGUGGCCUUGAACUCACAGUGCUCUGUCUCCUGAGCUUUGGAAUUAAAGGUGCGUGUCACCACACCCAGCACACUAUAUAAUUCAUUGUUCUUUUAAGAAAGGAAGGAAAUCUCCCUUUUUGUUGUUUUUUUUAAAGAUUUAUUUUAUGUGAGUACAGUGUCACUGUCUUCAGACACACCAAAAGAGGGCAUUGGAUCCCAUUACAGAUGGUUGUGAGCCACCAUGUGGUCACUGUGAAUUGAACUCAGGACCUCUUAGAAGAGCAGUCAGUGCUCUUAACCACUGAACGAUCUCUCCAGCCCUCAUUGUUUUUUGUUUUUUGUUUUUUUGUUUUUUGUUUUUUUGUUUUUUGUUUUUUAAACAGAAGGGUGCCUGUGGCUGUCCCAGCUGGGUCUGUGCUGAUUAGCUCUGAGAUCACUUGGGAAGUCACUCGGGACCCUGGCAAUGGGCACCAGCGCCCUAGGAGCACACUGACUGAGGCCUAGAGGGUCUGCACCAUGCCAGGACACAGCAGAGCUCUGCCUUGUCUUCUCUGUUGGCAAUAAAGCCUACAGUGUCUGCGUCAUCGGGGUCCUGUAGGAGAACACAUUAAAAAGCACACAUGCAAACCACCCAGGUCAGCUAAGGUGCAGGUUUGUGGCUUCAUCUCUCUUUCAGAGAACCUGUCUCAAAGAUAAAAGAGCUGGAAAAGCAGCUCAGAGGUUAAAAAGCACUUGCCCUUCCACAGGACCUGAGUUCAGUUCUCAGGUACCUGCUUGCAGUGGGGUCACAAUUGUAAUUCCAUUUCUGGGGGAUGUGAUGCCUUUUGGUCUCUGUCGGCAUUUACUACUGUAUACCUACUCUCCCAUGAUACAAAUGUAUCGUGAUUACAAGUCUGCAUGAAUUCUUAUAUCUAUAAAUAGACUUUUUGAGAAAGGGAGAGAAAACAGAGGCCUAGGCCAGCCUGGUUUUACAGUAAUCUUCCUACCUCAGCCUCCCAAAUGCUGAGAUUACAGCUCUGCCACCAGGCCUGGCUGAAUCUGCUUCCUGCUCGGCAGUACUGGGUGUUCUUACAGAGGACUGGUAUUUUAUCCCCACCACACAUGACAGUUCACUACUAUCCACAACUCCAAGCCCAGGAGAUCCAGCAUGCUCUUCUGGUCUCUGGACACCAGGCACACACAUGGCGCACAGAUAUACACGAAGGCAAAACAUUGAUUUCUGUUUGUUUUUGUUUUUCAAGAUAGGGUUUCUCUGUUUAGCUCUGUGUGCCCUGGAGCUCACUGUGUAAACCAGGCUGGCCUCAAACUCACAGAUCCACCUGCCUCUGCUUCCCCAGGGCACAAGCACUGCCCAGCUCAUUAAUUUUUAAAAAGUUUUCUGUUCUUGCUAGGCAUGGUGGUGCACACCUGUAAUCUGAGUACCUGGUAGGCCAGGGUAGGAGGAUCACUAACUUCAAGGCCAGCUUGGUCUACACAGUGAAUUCCAGGCCUCCAGGGGUGUAAAGAGAUCCUUUCUCAACAAACUCUUAAGGAUGAUAGUUUAUCUCAUCCCAUACUUACCAGAAAUUGAAGGAAAGGUAAUCAGUGUGAUAUUUGAAAGGAAAUAUCUUGGCUGCAAGAUGGGGUCCUCUUCACAAGUGCUAGGAUUAUCUGCCUGAGACCCAAUCCAUUGACCCAUUGGCUGUGAACUCCAGAGAACCUGCCAAUGUGCUGAUCUCCUGGUGACUGUGGUUUCUUACUGCCAUCUUCUGGCCAUAGUGAGGAACUGAGAUGCCCCCAAAGUGAAAAGGACUUUGCUGCUCUCCCAAAGUAGAGUCCUCGCACCCAUGUUAGGUGGCUGCAACCAUCUAACUACCGCUCCAGGAGAUGUUGAGGCCUUGGGCCUCUGUGAGCACCUGAUGUAGACACAUUGACCCAUAAUUGAAAAUAAUUAUAAUGGACUGUAGUGCUGAAGCUAAGCUCUCAAAUCUGGGUUGAGUGUGAGCUGUAUUUAAAGGCAGAAAAUGAUCGUGUAGCAGUGAGCGGCUAGUAGGACAACCAUCGUAGGUGUUCCCAGCAGGGGUGGUGAUUGCAAAGUGUUAGAAUGGUGCAAAGGAGUUGGCCAGAGGCCACUCACCCAUAGGGCGGGGCCAUGUUCGUACAGCCUGCAAUACUUGCUAAGCUGACACCCUGCCCUCAGCUCAGCCUUGUGAUUUGGUAAGUUGGUGGUGCCAGGUUACCUUGCUGCCACAGUGAGCAUUGGCCACCAGGAGGAUUAGGACCCCUCUUAUGGAGCCGUAUUCACCCCAAGCUUGACAGCCAGCCCCUCCAGACACAAGGCGUGAGCCCUGGAUGGGACAGUGAGCAGGGAGGAGACCUGGAUUCCAAUUCCACUCCCCUGAGUGACUGGGUAUCUUCAGGGAAGAGAAGCAGCAUUCUGGCACACAGCAGGAGCCAGAUGUUGGAUGUUACAUCUUAAGAUGGCAUCUGGAAAGAUAUAAUGGGGAAACAGGAAGUACUGAAUUGGUCUAGGUCCAGGCAGGGCUUUGAUGCCAUAAACCAGGGAAGAGGAGGUUGUCCAGAGCCUACUUAACAGAUGGUGGGCAUUAGGGAAACCAGUGGGGGUGGGGAGUGAAUUAGAGCUUUCCUCAGUCCAGAUCUCAAAGUAUCAGAGAUGCAGCAGCCGCCACCAACCUUGAGCUUGAAGGGACAAAGACCAGCAGCUAGGGUAUGUGGAAGACUGCAGCUGAAGGAGGGAUGACACCCAGGCACUGCAUCUUGGAGGAGGAGGAAGGUGGCUGCUACAAGGGGAUGCUGGGAAAUAACGACCCAGGCUGCUCUUCCCACUGGCCAGACUUCUUUCCAUUUUUCUGUAAGCUCCAGGGUAGGGAAGUCUUCCUGGCAUGGAGGUCAGCUCUGCAAUACCGAGCAGGGUGGAAAGCAGCAGGAAGGGCAAAUGGUCAGCAACCUGAGCACCUACUGUGCUCCCUCUCACACCAGCCCAUAAGUGUCUAGCAGGAUUUCUGUGUGAGGGCGUGGUUCCUGCCAGAGCAAGAAUUGGCUCCAAGCCGCCUGGCUUCGGGGACCCUCCCUUUGCCCCAUCCCUGGUUCUUGGGAGGAGCCACACAUUCUACCUGGAGAACCUGGGACAUUUCAACUUUCAGGCUGGUAGUGCCUCUGCCAUCUCUCCAGGCUGGGAUCCAAGUGUGACACCAAGCUUCAGGCUGUGGAAAACAAGUUCUCUGUCUACAGCUUCAUCUCAGGGCCAAAGACUUCAGUCAGAACAAGGCAUAGGCCACUCCAGAGAUGCAACAGCCAGCAUACCUGCCUGCCUCACACCCACGGAGGGACAUGGCAACAUUUGGAGACCCCUGUAGAGUGACACUUCCUCCCAGUCCAGGUUCCUCUUUGUGUCUGAAUGUAAUGGCACAUGUAUAUGUGAUAUGCACAUGUGUGCUUGGGUCACAGGGAAGCUCUGCCCUUGGAGGAAGUGUGCCCUGGUCAAAAGCCCCAUGGCCUCAGAGCAUAGAAAGUGGGCUUUCACUGCACAGUGCCCACACAGAGAGAACAGACUUCUCACCCUCUGCUUCCUCUCCUAUAAGUCAUUUCCUGACUACCUGCCAGAGAAGUCACCAUAGGAAAGCUGUUGCAUGUGUGGGACCCUGCUGACCGGCUGGCUCUCCAUGCCCAGAGGCCAGGCCUGCUGGGUGAUCCACUCCACACAGGUUUCGUGGAAGAAGAGGAGAAGAAGGGCAGAGAACACAAUCUGUAAGUUCCACACUCACCCUUCCUGUGGUGGAAGGUGGUAAUGGCAGAAACUUGGAGUCAGAGAGAGGACUUGGGUCCUUGCUGGGACUCAGUGUCUCCAUAACAAACUACAUAGAGAACCCUUCUACCAUUAGGGUCUUUCUGUCACUCAUUUUGUAACUGAAACAGAACAUUAAAAUCCAAUCUCAAUCUCUCUCUCUGCCACCCUCUGACUCCCCUCUCUGUCUCUGUCUGUCUGUGUCUCUCUGUCUCUUUGUCUCUGUCGCUGUCUCUGUCUCUGUCUCUCUUUCACUGCCCCCUUCCUCCAUAUGCCUGACUUCAUAUUUAAAUCCACUUGCUUUUUAGUUCAUUGUCAUCAGGUGAAGUAUGUGUGUGGUUUGGGGUUGGUUGGUUGGUUGAGACUUGUUUUUCGAGACAGGGUUUCUCUGUUUAGCCCUGGCUGUCCUGCAACUCACUCUGUACACCAGGCUGGCCUCAAACUCAGAGCCAAUCUAUCUGGCUCUGCUGGGACUAAAGGCGCACACACCACCAUUUUUUUUUUUUAAAAAUCACUGUGUUUGCUGAUCAAGAACAGGCCUCUGUGCAUUGACCUGAGCUCGCCUGCCUAUUGUGUAAUGUGCCAGGAACUAUGCACAAACCAUCAGUAAGAGUAACCCGAAGAAAUAACCAUAAAGACAAGAAUAAUCACUGUUUUGUUCUUGAGAUCUGCAGAACUGAAAAAAUAUGUGACCAGUUAUCAGGGUAACAUCUGUAUACCUGUCCACUGACUUCACACAUGGGAAGACACCCACCCACCCACCCUGUCUCCAGUCACCUGUUUCUAGAAAGUAAUCAGCUUCCUGGAAGCGUUAGCCUCUCACUGGCCAUGUUGUGACAUGCUAGCUCAUCAAUUAGUACAAUUCUUUGUCAUGCACCACCUUGUGCCUUACCUGGUUGGCUCUGUCAGACUCUAGGCAGAAUGUGCCACAGUGUGUCACAGCGCACCUGUGGUCAGAGAAAAACUUGAGAGAGUCAGUUCUCAUCUGCCACAUGGUUCUUCCGGCUCAAAAACACACACAAACCCACAAAUGCACAUCCGGCUUUAUAUUAAAUGGCUUCCUCAGUGGGACUUGGCACCUUUUUUCCACAGUGCCAAGGCAGAUCAAUAAAAUGAUUGGUUUAUAUUCACUUGUAAAACUCUGCUAUUGACUCUGGGCCCAAUGGCAGAACUGUAGGCUGACCCAAGCAAACUCACACAGCCUUGCCAGCACAGACAGCCCAAGGCCAGCACAGGUCUUACACCACAGUUACCCAAGCCACAUCAUUUGCUAUGGGGAGAAGAAUUUUCUGAGUACCACCCACACAGAGACCCCUGCCCUUAUGAUGUCCUUCUCAGAGUCCAAAUGGCCAAGGCAAGUCCAGGUGAGAUAGUUGCUAUGCUGUUCUAGUUGGAUUUCUCAGGCUCUGAUAAACACUAUGACCAAAAGUAACUUGACCAAAAUCUAACUAAGUAGCUAACUGCAAGUACCAGUUCUGGGGUCUGUAAAUACAGCCGGCAUUUCACACCACCCAUUUUGCCUUGUUCUGUUUGCUUGUUUGUUUCAAGACAGGGUUUCUUUGUAUAUCUGUCCCUGUCCUGACAUCCCUUUGUAGACCAGGCUGGCCUGAUUUCUGCCUGCCUCUGACACAUGAGUGCUGGGAUUAAAGGAGUGCACCAUCAUGACCAACUUACUUUGCCUUGUUUUUAAAAGUCGACUAUUGAUUUAAUUUCUAAUAUCCUCAAUGCUUUGAUCCACUGCUCUGUCCCAAGGCUAAUAGCCUUACAUGAAUCUAAUUUCUGGUCUUCCUGCUGUUGCCUUUAGUAUUAAAUUACUCAUACACAGUCUUCAUGUGGUAAAAACACACCACACACUGUCUUUAUAAAGAGUGGAGUGUGCACUGUUUAUUUUUAUAGUAUUCUGCAGUGCCAGCAAACCCAGACCACAAGUGCCACGAGAUACCAGAAAUAGGCAGACAAACCCAGGAUUCCAAAUUGCCAUCUACUGGGUACUUUCUUCUCAGCAGAAUCAUGUUUCUGGGUGGCAGCAAGACCAGUGGAUCCAUCAAAUGUAUGUGAACAGAAGGGAGCUUAUGGCGUGAGGACAAAAGCAAACACUUGCUCCUCUCAAGCUAAUUGCUAAGAUGUUGGGAGCGUCCCUCAGUUCUGGUACCGGGUGUGGGUGGCAAAACCUUGCUUAUCACUCUGAUGGGUUAGCUUCAUCAUAGCCCACUGGGAAACAGUGGGAGGGGACCUGACAGGAUUAUUCAGAAGUAAUUGUGGUUGCUGCAGCUGCAGUCAGGUCAAGGUGAAUCCCUCCAUUGCGAUAAUGUAACUGUAUGUGUAAAAGAACACAGAUGCAUCUGCAGUUCUAGGCAAAGUGUUCCUUUACAUCCCAAUUCACAGGAAAUCAACAGUCAGAAAAAUCAGGAACUUUUCUUUUGUCUUGCUUUUUUCAUGACAGGUUCUCUGUGUAGUCCUGGCUGUCCUGGAACUUGCUGUGUAGACCCUGGCCUCGAACUCACAGAGAUCCACCUGUCUCUGCAGUUUGAGUGUGGGGUUAAGGGCAGCACCACCCACAUCAGGAAAUGUAAAUGAACUCUCACUGCAGACUUUGUCAUCACUAAGGUGGAGGGGGUGACAUCUCAGCUGUCAGAGGGCAAAGGCACCUGAAACUGACCCUCAGGACUUGAGUUCUGUGCCCAGGACCCAUUUGGUAGAGGAGGGAAACCAGCACUGCAAAGCUGUCCUCUCUCUUCCACAGGUGUGCCAUGGCAAAAAUUAAUUUAAAAUAAUUUGUUAAUGAGACUGGAUAAAGGACCUAUGGAUUAAGUGCACACUAUUGUUCUAGAGGGUGUGAGUUCCUCUGCCUAUAAGAUUACAACCAUCUGUACCUACAGCUCCAGGGGGAUCUGUGUGUGAUAGGUACAGCCUCUGGGCUCCAGGGCACCUGUAAAUAGCACACCCUAGGAUAUGCCAACCCUACAUCUUCCACCCUCAAUAUCUUCUCUCCCCCCAGCGUACGUCAUUCUUUCCAGCGUCUGCCAUCCCCAACAUCUGCUCUCCCCCAGCAUAUGUAAUCCCUCUAUAUACAUAACUAAAAUAUUUUAAAAGAUUUUUUUGCUGUUGUUUAAUAAAAGACAAUCUAGUCAUA